AUGACUGCUACUAAUAUUUGCCCUUCAAUAGGCUGGUCUAUCCAGGAUUGGAUAGACUUUCACUUCAAAUCCACCCCUAAGGAUUCAUAUGAAUCUCUUCUUGAGUUAGUGAAGAAUCAAAGAAUUGCACCAGAGGACCCAGCAUGGAUCAGUGUGGCAACCGAAUCAUUGCUAGAGCAACAAUGGCAGUUGUUGCAAAGUAGACACGAGAAAGAGAAAUUACCACUUUACGGUGUUCCUAUUGCAGUAAAGGAUAACAUCGAUGCAAAGGGUUUCCCUACAACAGCAGCUUGCCCAUCCUUCUCUUAUAUGCCAACAAGAGACAGUACUGUUGUAGAAUUGUUGAAGCAGGCUGGAGCUAUCAUUAUUGGUAAGACUAAUUUAGAUCAAUUUGCUACAGGUCUUGUCGGAACUAGAUCGCCAUAUGGCCGCACUCCUUGUGUUUUCAGUGAUAAGCAUGUUUCUGGGGGCUCUUCAGCGGGUUCUGCGUCUGUUGUAGCUAGAGGAAUUGUUCCCAUCGCAUUAGGGACAGAUACUGCAGGCUCGGGAAGAGUUCCUGCGGCACUUAAUAAUAUUAUUGGCUUAAAGCCUACAAGAGGAAUAUUCUCUUGUAGCGGUGUUGUCCCAGCCUGUAAAUCAUUGGAUUGUGUUUCUGUCUUUUCAAUGAAUCUUUCAGAUGCUGAGAAAUGUCUUAAAAUCAUGACCAAACUUGAUAUUGAAAAUGAUGAAUAUUCAAGAUCAUUUCCAGCUAAUCCUCUUCAAAGCUUUAACAAGAAUCUCACUGUCGCUAUUCCUAAGAAUGUUAUGUGGUAUGGUGAAAAAGAGAACCCACUCUUAUAUGAUAGGGCCAUCGAUAAUUUCAAGCAAUUAGGAGCACAGAUAAAAAUUAUUGAUUUCGAGCCACUUUUAGAACUUGCCCGUUGUCUUUAUGAGGGAACUUGGGUAGCAGAAAGAUAUGCUGCUACAAGGAAGUUUCUAGAAACAUCCCCCCAACAGAGUACUCUUGAUCCAGUUGUUUAUGGUAUCAUCAAAAGUGCAACUAAAUUUGAUGCUGCAGAUGCUUUUGAAUACGAAUACAAACGCCAAGGUAUACUGAGAAAAGUGGAGGUCUUACUGCAAGAUAUCGAUGUCCUAUGUGUACCGACCUGCCCACUAAACCCAUCCUUUGAAGAAGUUGACAAAGAGCCAAUACUAGUCAACUCAAGGCAAGGAACAUGGACUAAUUUUGUUAACUUAGCUGAUCUAUCAGCUUUAGCAAUACCCGUAGGAUUCCGUUCUGAUGGAUUGCCUAAUGGUGUAACACUAAUAGCCAAAAAAUUUGAGGACUAUGCUUUACUUCAACUGGCAAAACGGUUUUUAGCUCAGCUAUAUCCAAGUGGUACCAGACCAUAUGGAAUGUUUUUAGACAGAUAUGUCGGAUUGAAAGAUGACUCUUUAGAAGGACCAAUUGUAAGCUCUGAUGAUUCUAUAGUUUUAGCUGUUGUGGGUGCCCAUUUAAGAGGAUUACCACUUCAUUGGCAAUUGGAGAAAGUUAAUGCUACAUUUAUUUGCUCGACAAAAACAGCCAAAAAAUAUGAACUAUACGCAUUGCCAAAAAACGGCCCUGUUUUGAAACCAGGUUUGAGAAGAAUUACAAGUGGAACAGGUUCUCAAAUCGAACUUGAAUUAUAUAGUGUUCCUAAAGAAAAGUUUGGUGAAUUUAUUUCUUUUGUUCCAGAACCACUAGGAAUAGGGUCGGUGGAACUGGAAAAUGGAAAAUGGGUUAAGUCUUUUAUAUGUGAAGAAAGUGGUUAUAACAGUACAGGUUCUAUAGACAUUUCUCAUUACGGCGGCUUUAGGGCUUACAUUGAGAGUAUAAUACCAUCUAAUGAAUCAAAAAAAGGACACUUCAAGACAGUAUUAGUUGCAAAUAGAGGAGAAAUAGCUGUGCGUAUUAUAAAAACACUGAAAUCAAUGCAAAUCAAAUCACUAGCCAUUUACUCUGCGACAGAUAAAUACUCUCAACAUGUUCUUGAUGUCGAUAUGGCUCAAGCUCUUGAUGGACAUACAGUGGAAGAAACAUAUUUGCAUGUUGAAAAGAUUAUUUCGAUAGCAAAGAAAUAUGACGUCGAUGCUAUAAUUCCCGGCUAUGGUUUCUUAUCUGAGAAUGCAUCCUUUGCCGAUAGAUGUGAACAAGAAGGUAUACAAUUUAUUGGGCCUAGGGGUGAAACAAUUAGAAAAUUAGGUCUAAAGCAUUCCGCAAGAGAAGUUGCUAAAAGUGCUGGAGUACCGCUAGUGCCUGGUUCUCCACUAGUCAAGAACGCUGAUGAGGCCUUUACGAUUGCAAAAAACAUUGGAUACCCAGUUAUGGUGAAAUCAACCGCUGGUGGAGGUGGAAUUGGGUUACAAAAAGUUGAUAAUGAGCAAGACAUGAGAAAAGCAUUUGAGACUGUUAAGCAUCAGGGAUCAUCCUAUUUCGGUGACUCAGGAGUUUUUAUGGAAAAAUUCAUUGAUAACGCAAGACAUGUUGAGGUCCAAAUUAUGGGGGAUGGUAAGGGCAAGACACUUGCUCUAGGUGAACGUGAUUGCUCAUUACAGCGUAGGAAUCAAAAAGUAAUAGAAGAAACACCGGCUCCUAACCUUCCUAGAGAGACUAGACAAAAAAUGCUAACAGCUGCAGAGCGAUUAGGAGCAUACCUAAAUUAUAGAGGUGCAGGAACUGUUGAGUUUAUUUACGACGAACAGAGAGAUCAAUUUUACUUCUUAGAAGUCAACACCAGAUUGCAAGUCGAACAUCCUAUCACUGAAAUGGUAACAGGCCUUGAUUUGGUUGAAUGGAUGAUUAAAAUAUCUGCCGGUGUAAUGCCUUCUCUCGAUGAAUUUAACAUUUCACAAAAUGGAGCUUCAAUAGAAGUACGUGUAUAUGCAGAAAAUCCUUUAAAAGAUUUUAGACCAUCUCCAGGAGAGCUUGUCGAUGUACAGUUUCCAAACGACUGCCGAGUGGAUACUUGGGUUAAGAAGGGAACCAAAAUCUCCCCUGAGUUUGAUCCUACAUUGGCUAAAAUAAUUGUUCAUGGCAAAGAUAGAAAUGAGGCUAUUUUAAAAAUGAAGAAAGCAUUGAAUGAAACCAAAAUAUAUGGAUGUGUUACAAAUGUCGACUACUUAAAAAGUCUGAUCUCUUCAGAGAUGUUCAGGAAUGCGCAGUUAUCAACCAACUAUCUUAACACCUAUGAAUAUAGUCCAUCAGCAGUCGAGAUAAUUGAACCUGGCGCGCUAACCACUAUUCAGGACUACCCUGGCAGGGUCAACUAUUGGAGAAUUGGCGUUCCUCCAUGUGGUCCUAUGGACAAUUAUUCAUUCAGAUUGGCUAAUAGAAUUGUAGGUAAUGAUGAAAGAACACCAGGCAUCGAAAUAACUUUAACAGGUCCUACUAUAAAGUUUUACUCUGAUAGUUUAGUAUCCAUAGCAGGUGGUGAGGUAUGUUGUAAAUUGGAUGAAAAGAAAAUACCAAUGUUUGAGCCUAUAUCUGUCAAAACUGGGUCCGUUCUUUCAAUUGGUAAAAUUGUAAAAGGCAGUCGAGCAUACCUAGCCAUUAGGGGAGGUAUCGAUGUACCCAAAUACAUGGGAUCGUUUUCCACCUUCACUAUGGGUAAUUUAGGAGGAUUUAAUGGUCGAGCAUUGAAAAGAGGUGAUGUCUUGUCUCUUCCUCAGCAGUUUGACUCUGAACACGGUAUUCCAUCACCAUGCUUUUCACCAGAAAAAGCUCCUAUAUAUGUUAGACCUGAUAUACCAAAUGAUGGCGUCUGGACUAUUGGUGUUCUAGCUGGUCCUCAUGGCGCACCUGAUAUUUUCGAAUCCGAAGGUAUGAUGGAGUUCUUCAAAUCCGAGUGGAAAGUUCAUUACAAUUCUAAUAGAUUUGGUGUAAGACUGAUUGGACCAAAGCCUAAAUGGUCCCGUACUGACGGUGGUGAAGGAGGUCUUCAUCCUUCUAAUACUCAUGAUUACGUUUACUCGCUUGGUGCUAUCAAUUUUACUGGAGAUGAACCUGUUAUAAUUACUUGUGAUGGACCUUCUCUCGGUGGAUUUGUAUGCCAAGCUGUCGUCAGUGAAGCAGAGAUGUGGAAGGUUGGACAAUUGAAGCCAGGUGAUACAAUUAAUUUUACCCCAAUAGAUUGGCAAAGCGCUAGAAACUUGAAAGAAAAUCAAGAUGUUAUUAUCAAUGAUAUGUCCUCGUGUGCGCUUCAGAAGCUAAGUGAUCAACCACUACUUAAAUCACCAGAAGACCCGAUACUUUUCCAAAAAGAUGGUCAAGAAUUGCAAUCGCCUAAAGUAGUUUACAGACAAGCUGGGGACAGAUACAUCCUGAUUGAAUAUGGAGAUGACAUUUUUGAAUUGAACUUGUGCUACAGAAUAAAAUCUUUGAUAGAUAUUAUAUCCCAAAGAAAUACAAAAGGGAUCAAGGAGAUGUCACAGGGUGUUAGAUCAGUAUUGGUUGAAUAUGACGGCUAUGAAAUUUCGCAGAAAGAAUUACUUAAGACGUUAAUCGCAUAUGAAGAGCAAUUACCCCAAGAAAAAAACUGGUCGGUGAAAUCAAGAAUAUUCAGACUACCAAUGGCUUUUGAAGAUAAAGAAACUCUUGCAUGUGUGAAGAGAUACCAAGAGACAAUACGCUCUAAAGCACCAUGGCUACCAAAUAAUGUAGACUUUGUUGCCGAAGUUAACAACUUGACACAUGAUGAUAUCCGUCAGCUAAUAUACACAACGAGAUACAUGGUACUUGGUGUUGGAGAUGUAUUUUUAGGAUCACCGUGUGCCAUACCCUUGGAUCCACGGAAUAGAUUACUAGGUAGCAAGUACAACCCUUCUAGAACUUUUACUAAAAGAGGAGUAGUUGGAAUAGGUGGAUCCUAUAUGUGUAUUUAUGCCGCGGAUAGUCCCGGCGGGUAUCAAUUGGUUGGCAGAACAAUCCCUAUUUGGGAUAGAUUGAUGUUACAAUCAAAGAAAGAUGAGCCAUGGUUAUUGUCCCCAUUUGAUCAAAUUGAAUUUUACCCUGUCUCAGAGGAACAAAUUGAUGAAUAUACCGAUGAGUGGGACAAUGGUAAUUACAAAAUCGAUGUAGAUGAUGUUGUUUUUGAUCAUGGUAGUUACUUGAAAUGGGUUCAAGAUAAUAUCGAAGCUAUAGAGGAGCAUCAGAGGGCCCAAAGAGGGGACAACUAUUCAAAAUUUGCCCAAAAAAUACAAGAGGCGAAUGCAGAUUUGAAACAAACCACAACUGAAGUUAUUGAACAAAACAUAUUAGAAGAUGACUGCGAAUAUAUUUUCUCUGAAUAUGCAGGCAGAUUCUGGAAACCUAUAGUAGAGAUUGGAGCAAGCAUAGAGAAAGACCAAGGUGUUGCUGUGAUUGAGGCUAUGAAAACGGAGAUGAUAGUUUCAUCAUCUGUGGUUGGAAAACUGAAAAAAUUCUUAUUCAAAAAUGGAGACAUGGUUGAUGCCGGUGAUCCUGUGGCAAUAAUUCAAUGCUUGUAA